AUGGGAGAAGUGAAUGCGCUUGCUAGGAUCUACCUGUCAACAGUGGGCUUCAUCGAGUCAUCCGACGUGGAGGAUGACGCCCUCGCCUUGGACGACCCCCUCGACUUCUGGGCCUGGGUGCCCACGCUGCGCGCGCUGACCGCCGUCACCCAGCUGUCGUUCAACUCGUUCGUAUCCGACAACCGCUACACGCUGCCGUGCCUGUAUGCGUGCUGCCUCGGGCUGCGGGGCCGGGUGCAGCACCUGCACCUCUACAACCUGAGCCGCGAGGACGACGCUUGCGACAUCCUGCCGCUCGUCGCGCGCCGCUGGGGCCCCUGCCUGCGCCGCCUGACGCUGCACUGCUGCGAGGGCGUCACGCCGCGCGCGCUGCGGGCGCUGGCGGGCGCUGCAGGGCCGGGGCUGGCGGAGGUGCACCUGAGGUGCUGCCCCGGCCUGAGCGAGGAGACUGCGCGCGCGGCAGUGGCGGCGGGGGUGCAGGAGGGGGCGACCGUGCCCGAGGUGACUCAUCUUGUCGCGGAUUGGUGGAGCGAUGACUGA